UCCCUCUUAUCUUUUUUUUUUUUUUUCGCGAUCUCUCUCUCUCUCUCACAUAUUCUCACAGUUUCUUCGCUGGUAAGAGCGGACGAACGAGCUGCACCCACCGUCUUCAACCCGAUUCCGCCGCAGGACCCGACUCGCCUCCCUAAUUUACUUUUUCUCUCCCAUUUUUUACGAUAUUACAACAAAUUUCAAUUACCAUGGGCUCGCAAUCUGGUACUUGAAGUUUUGAGGAAUUGGUCUGCAUUCAUAUUCGAUUUCGACGGCAAGUUAGGAACUAGGGUUUUCAAUUGAAGCAUUAUUUUGAGAGGUGCAAAUUUAUUCCGAUUUCUAGGGUUUUUUUGUUCGGUUUCAACACGGGGAAGAUAGGAGUGGGUUAAGAGGAUAAUGUGUAUACUCUGUGUGAUCCAGAAGUGGUCUCGCCGGGUUGCUACUAUGCUACCUUGGUUAGUUAUUCCUCUUAUAGGAUUGUGGGCUCUCUCACAGCUUCUGCCACCUGCCUUUCGAUUUGAGAUAACCUCACCCAGGCUCGCCUGUGUUUUUGUGCUUCUGGUCACUCUUUUUUGGUAUGAGAUUUUGAUGCCUCAGCUGUCUGCUUGGCGUGUGCGUAGAAAUGCACGGCUGAGGGAGAGAAAAAGGUCUGAAGCAAUUGAAUUGCAGAAGCUUCGAAAGACUGCUACGAGAAGGUGCAGAAACUGCUUGACACCGUAUAGGGAUCAGAAUCCAGGAGGUGGUAGAUUUAUGUGUUCUUAUUGUGGUCAUAUUUCCAAGAGGCCAGUUUUAGAUUUGCCUAUACCUCCUGGAUUGGGAAUGUCAAAUUCUGGGAUUAUCAAGGAUCUGGUUGGCAAGGGUGGAAAGAUACUGAAUGGCAAAGCAUGGUCUGACAAUGGAUGGAUGUGUGGUCAGGAUUGGUUAGAAAAUGGCAAUUGGGUUGGUGGAUCUACUGUUGGGAAAUCUAAUUAUUGGCGGAAGAAUGGGAGUGGGUAUUUUGGAGGUGAUGAGAAUUGUUUGGCUGAGAAAUCUUAUUCAGGUGUUGUAAUGUUUGCAUGCAAGUUGUUGACUUCCUUUUUCUUGAGCAUUAGGUGGAUUUGGAGAAAGAUUUUUAGGAUUAGUUCAUCAAAGGAGGAUUCUUCUGAUGCUGAUCAUAGGGGGAUGUUAGCUAAAAGAGCUGAUAUUGGGUCAAACUAUCAUGAGAGUAGAGGAGAAAAAGCCCGCAGAAAAGCGGAAGAGAAAAGACAGGCUAGGUUAGAGAAGGAGCUUUUGGAGGAGGAAGAAAGAAAGCAAAGAGAGGACGUUGCAAGAUUGGUAGAGGAACGUAGGAGGCUGAGGGAUGAGAAAAUGGAGGCUGAGAAAGAUCGAACAAAAUCUUCACAGCCCACUAGGGAGAAAGAUAGUAAGAAGGAAGCAGAGGGGAAACGUCAGGAAAGAAGGAAAGAAAAAGACAAGGGAUCGAGUAAGAGUAACUCUGAUGCUGAAGAGUUGGAGAAGAAAGCAGGUAAGGAAUGUGAGCAGAAGCGGGACUAUGAGAAGAAGAGUGAAACUGACCGCCGGGAGCAUCAAAAGUCCGGGACAGACAGUUUGAAAGGCCAGAGCAGUGAGUUAGGACAUGGGUUAAAGCAUUCAUCUGCAAGUAAUUAUAGCCGUGGAAAUGCUGGAGCUAGGUAUCUGGAUCGAAUGAGGGGUACAUUUUUGUCGUCUUCAAAAGCUUUUACAGGAAGUGGUUUCUUUGGAAAGACUGCUUAUACUCCUGCUAAUGUUACAAAAGAAAAUAAGUUUAACAGUUCUGUAGACCACAGUCACACAUCUGCCUACAGGAGGGAUAUCUGUUCACCUGAUCGUAUAGCUGGGAAGUUAAGUAUGAAUGGAGAUGAGAAGAAUGUAAAUCAUCCUGUGCUUUCUGAACCACAACCAAGGACAGCACCUAAAAAAUCAUGGCAACAACUAUUUACCCGAACAUCACCAAAGAUUUCAUCCUCAAAUUCAAAUGUCAUUAGCAGGCCUAAUUGUAAGCUGCAGUCAGAAGUUCAAAGCCCAAAGUUACUAGGGCAGUCAUUAUCGUUGCAAUCUUUUGAUAAUCCAAUCAGUUUUGGGUUGCCAUCGCCAUUUACUCUCUCAACAUAUCCAAAUUCAUCCAGUAGCUCUAGUUUAGGCUUCUCAUCUCCCAUUGAACCCAUUUUUUCUCAUGUUGUUGAAGGUCCUCAUGACUUUACGCCCGAGGAACCUGAGCUUUUUGAAGAUCCAUGUUAUGUUCCUGAUCCAAUAUCACUGCUUGGGCCUGUAUCAGAGUUGCUUGAUAAUUUUCAGUUGGACCUGGGGACUGGUUUUGCAUCAGGCAUAGGAUUGGAAAGACCUCAUGAGUUGAAGAAUUUAUCUGCCUCUUCUGAAGUGAACAAACUAUCUCCAAUUGAGUCUCCAUCAUCACGACUUCGAUUUGCUGAUGAAAAGCACAAUGGUUCUAAUUGGUUUCCAACUACUCCUAAGGCUCAAGAUUCACACAUACUGCCUGUGGAUGAUGUGCAUGUGAAUGAGAAGGGAACAUGGCAAAUGUGGACUAGUUCUCCUCUUGGUCAGGAUGGUUUGGGUUUCAUAGGUGGUACAGGAAGCUGGCUUCUACCUCCAGAUCAGUGCAGAUCAACUAAGGAAGAUGUGCUGCAGUCUUCGUCUCAGAAAAAUAUGGCUUCCCUUCUUUUAAAAGAUGACCAUGUCCUUUCUGGUACUCAGUCUCCAGAGAAGGUUUUUCUUGGCAAUGGCCAGAAUGGUGGAGCAUUUAGUCCAGUCACUUGUUCAAGUGGUAAUGAUCCAUGGUUGCAGAAUGCAUUUUUCCCCCCAUUGUCUGGGAGUGAUAGUCAUUUCUCUCUGAAACCUCAGAAGGAGAAUGUUGAGGAUGAAGUAAUUUAUGGGAGUCCUACAAACACUGCAACCAAUCAUCCUUUUGAGCUUUCUCCAGCUAAUGGUUGGUCCAAAUUGGAACAUCUGGAAUACGAGUACUUGAAGUUUUCAACCAGUUCAAAUUGUUAUUAUUCACCAAUCGCCAGAUCAAUGACAAAUCGGUGGAGUUGCCUUUCCCUUCUUCAGAAAAGAGUGAUUGCUGGAGAAAGGAGAGAAAAAUACAUGUCUCUUGAUAGAAUAUCAAUUGACUCUGUUGAAUAAUAUUUUUGGUAAUUCUUUAUGGAACUGUUUCCAUUCCCUCCCUUGGGACACGGGCCUAUUUUAAAUUCUUCAAUUUGACAAGUCUUCGUGAAUUGUUAUUAAGUUGGAUCUUCAAAUACAAGUUGUCAUUUAGAAUGAGUGCAUAUUUGGGAAUGCUGUGAAUUCAAGCACGUUAUCUUGUUUUCGAGGAAAAAAAUAAUUAUCUUCGAUGUGCUUUUAUCAUUGUUGUAUUGAAGCUGGCUCACUUGUGGUGAAGAGGGAUGUAGUUACCAACCUACCACAUGUAUACCUUUGACACACUAUUGCAAACGAACAGCCACAUAUACGGGGGCGAAAGAUGUGGUUGCAAUUGCAACAAGUUUGAUGUGACAAAUGAGGAAAAGAAAAAAAAUAUUGUUUCUUAGAGCAUUCUGAGCUCGCUUUUUCUCAUAGAUUUUUAGGUUGAUCUGUUAGCUGAUCUAGUUUUUGGAGUGCUAGAGAUUUUCUGUUUGGUGGUUACGUCGAUCUUAUUUUGUAAACUCUGGGAAGAGCUGUUAUGUUGAUCUUUUUCAAGCUCCUUCUUUUCCUUCCACCUUCUCCCUCUCGGUCUUUUCCUUUUCCGGCCCUUCAUUUUGGGCUUUUUUAUUUGUAUCCUUAACUACUUAUACGUAUUUCUUAGGGGAUAUUGCUUGCUUGGAUUUGAAGUGAUUCUCGUUUAACUGUUGGCAUC